UGAAAAAUUUCCCAAUUUAAAAAAAAUUAGCAACCCUGGGACUAAACGACUGCGUCAUGCGCAUGACGUGCAUAUUGCACACCUUCAAUGCGAGACGCGCCUACUAUGUUACUCUAGCGUGCUGUAAAACUGUGACAGCGCAUGUGCAGUCCCGAAGUUGUCUCACGCGGCCGUAGCUGCCACCGUUUGUAAACACGACUAUAAUCACAUCUUUUGAUUCAUAUUACAUUCAAUUGUUACAAAUUCUUAUCAAAUCCAAAGCAAACAUAAAACAGAUGAGAUAAGCGCAAGACUGAAGCAACCAAUGACCGUGUUUGUGGUUUGAAUUUUGGUAGUAAGUGCAGCAGUGAGCUUUCGGCAAUGGUUUGGACGCGACCGGAAAAACCUGCGAUACCCAAUGUGUGGUACACCUUUCAGGCGAAAGACGCCGAUAGUGACCAUCUGGUGACCUACCGGGUCGAGGAUUUGACCGAGGAUCGCCACGAGGACAUGAUACAGCAUUAUCUGGACAACUUCCUGGACGAUGAACCGUUCUGUCAGAACAAACAAAUUUCGAAGGAUGAACUUGCGUUGAAGGAAAUGAGAUCCUUUUAUCAGUGGUGUUUCAACGAAAGGAUGACCAUUGUCUGCUAUAAGAACGGAUCGGAUGAGAUUAUCGGUGGAAAUCUGCUUCACGUCAAAGGAUACGAAAAAUUGGCCGAUUUCGAUUUGAAAAGUGAAUCAAUUCGAGAUAUUAUACUGGCAAACGACUACAUGACCGAUCAGUUCAAAAUCCAUGAGCACUACGGCGUCGAUCAGUACUUGACCGCGUAUGGAUUGGCCAUUAACCGAUGCUACCGUGGACGGGGCAUUGCAACGGAAAUGCUGAAGGCUCGCGUUCCGAUGUGCCGGACUUUCGGGAUUAAGCUGACGGCAACGAAUUUUACCGCGCUUGGGUCACAACUGGCGGCGGCCAAGGCCGGUUUCGAGACGAACUUUGAAAUGUCGUUUGAAGACUUUGCCAAGUUGGGCCCAAGAUACUCAUUUCCCGGAAUUCAAUCGAAAAGUUUGAAACUGAUGAGUUUAAGAAUCGAAUGAAAAUAGAAUAAAGAUAGUAAAUCCGAUACCAAGUAUGAUAGUUUGAUAA